AUGGACCAAGCCAUGGACAUUAACGCCUUCGAGGGCCGCAUCGUAAAGAUGGAGGUCGAUUACAGUGUGACGUGCGACGAAAAGAUUCCGCUCUGCAAAGAGAUGGCAAAGGACGAGAACAAGUUCAACGAGGCGCUCGAAAUUUUGCUACAACUGGAAAAGCAAACACGUAUCGGUGCCGAUAUGGUGUCGAGCGCUCGUGUUCUCAUCGCUAUUGUGCAGAUUUGUUACGAGGCACGCAACUGGAACUAUCUGAACGAGUACGUCACGAUUCUGGUGAAGCGCCGUUCACAGUCAAAGCAGGCGGUGGCCAAGAUGAUCCAGGAAUGUUGCACCUACGUGGACAAGACACCGGAUAAGGAAACAAAGUUGAAGCUGAUCGAUACGCUACGCACGGUGACCGAGGGCAAGAUUUAUGUCGAGGUGGAACGGGCCCGGCUAACGAAGAUGCUUGCCGACAUCCGGGAGGCGGACGGGGACGUUACUGGGGCUGCCACCAUUAUGGAAGAGCUGCAGGUAGAAACGUACGGUACAAUGGAUAAGCGCGAGAAAGUGGAACUGAUCCUAGAACAGAUGCGACUGUGUCUUGCCAAGCAGGACUUUGUCCGUACGCAAAUCAUCGCGAAAAAGAUCAACAUAAAGUUCUUCAACGAUGCCGAACAGCAGGAUUUGAAACUGAAAUACUACGACCUGAUGAUUCGGUUGGAUAAGGAUUCAUCGUUUAUAAAGACUUCUCGCCAUUACCUGGCAGUGGUGGAUUCGGAUAUGAUUGCACAAGAAACAGAGCGACGGCAGAAAAUGAUGAUAUAUGCCGUGCUGUACUGUAUUCUUUCGCCCUAUGACAACGAGCAAGUCGAUAUGAUGCACAAUCUAUCGAAGAACAAGCUGCUGGAGGAGCUGCCGGUGUACAAAGAGCUUCUGCGUUUGUUCAUGUGCAAGGAACUGAUCAACUUCGACGCACUCUGCACGGUGUACGGUGCCGAGCUGAACACGUUCGAUAUCUUCAAUCAGGAGACCAGCCACGGCAAAAAGUGUUGGGCCGAGCUGAAGAACCGCCUGAUCGAGCACAACGUACGCAUCAUCUCGAACUACUACACGCGCAUCAAUUUGAAACGCAUGGCGGAACUGUUGGAUCUUAGCGAGCGCGAAUGUGAGGAGUACCUUUCACGGAUGGUGAACGCCGGCACGCUCAAAGUGAAAACGGACCGACCGGCAGGCAUCAUUCACUUCUCGCAGAAAAAAUCUGCCUCCGAGGUGCUAAACGAUUGGGCGUUCGGGCUGAACGAGCUGAUGAACCUGGUUAACAAGACCUGCCACCUGAUCAACAAGGAAGAAUGCAUCAACAACGUGAUGCCAAUGCCGGUAGCACCGUCGUCGUCCUCUCCAGUUUCCAGCAACUCCACCAAUCUAUUUUCACCGGUUGUUGCAUCCUGUUUGCUUACGUUCGCCGAUUCCUCUUCUAUCACAAUGAGCAUAGCCUGUUCCCGGUCAACGGGUUCCUCCAAUUCUCGGCUUGUACUUUGA